UGUUGAAUAUUUCGUUGCAAUAUUUAAAUAACCUAAUAAAAACUAUUUCAACGGUACCCACUGUACAAUUAAUGUUUCAGUACGUCGGGGGAACAUUUUUUUAGUGUUUCAUACGUAACAUCACUUUGAAACAUCAAUAAACUGUUAUAUGGUUGUUUUAUUAGGUUAAUACAAAUUAAGUACAAAGGAAAUGUCCAUGUGAUAUCAUUUUGACGUUCCUCCGAAAUAUUACACUAUGUAUUAAUAGCAAUCGUUUAUCAUAAUUAUGAUAAACGAUUGCUUGGAAAUUAAAUUUUAGAAAUAUAUUAAAAAACAAAAUAUUUUGUCAUACGACACUGUAAUUGCCUUUCAAUACCUGGAAAAUCCAAAAACCCAUGUGACGUAUGUCUUUAUCUUUUAUUUUAAGGGAUCGGCCACAAACGACCAACAACUCUGCAGUAGACGCGAUGUUAUGUUAUGUACAAUCUUAUAAUUGUUUAUGUUAGACAGUAUACUUGUUUAAUUAUUAUUAAGCGUGUUUAAUUACAAUUAUUAUUUUUUCUUAUAUUUUUUAAUAAUGGCUGAACAAACAAAAAAGGGUUCCCUUAAAUGGCUUAUUGUGCUGUUCCCUGAGCACAAUGAAUAUAGUGUUGUACCAACGAAUUGGGUCACAAAAAAUGAAUUAACUCAAGUAAAUUAUUGCUACUGGCCUCCAGGCACUGUUAACAGUGAUGUUAUACAAAAAGCAGAUGAGCCGGGGUUAACCUGGAAAAUGUAUAGAGUAAAAAUUUAUGGUGGAAAUAAAACUUUUGAUAAUUUUAAUAAAGCAUGGCAUCAACAAGUUAUUAUUAAAGAUUCAUCUAAUGAAACAGGUAAUGAAGAAAAUAUGACUCUAAGACAUAAACAAAAAGGAAAACUUAUCUCACAAAAUGUAUUGUUUAACGUAACUGAUGAAAGUGACAAUGACAAUGAUAAUAGUUAUAAUAUAAUGGCUCAGUCAUCAUCUGCCACGUUGAAUAUUGUCAAACCUUUGUUUGUAAAAUCAAAUAGUAAUGCUCUAAUAGUUUCAAGUUUAGAAACUGAUAAUAGAAUGUCUUAUUUACUAAACCAAUCAACAUCUUCAGCCACAAAUACAUCAGUUGAACCUAUAGCAUCUUGUAGUUGAUUAACUGAAAAAGACAACUAUCAACAACUCUCUGAGUUAAUGCCUCCAGAACCCAAACAUAUUUGUUCUACAACGGACUUCUCAUUACAGUCAUCAAAUACAAUGAACACUUUAAAUCAGUCUGUUCUCCAACAAAAAAACUACGGAAUAUUUUAUUAGAUCAAUUGGAGGAAGGGAUGGCAAAGAACAUAUAAGAAGGUCUUUGACCAAACUUUUUACUAAUUCAUAUGCUGGUAAAUGUACGUGGACUGGUCGUGGA